AAGAGUAAAACGAUUAAUAUUUAGAAUAGAAGAAAGUAUAAAAAUGAGAUAUAAUGAUAUAAUUAAAAUUGUGGAACACUAAUCCAUAUAUCGACAAAUUGGAAACGUAAGUUGAAAGUUGGAACAAUGUUUCCACGCCGCCUCUAUAGUCUAUAUAAUAUAACAUCUUCUUCAAUUCAUUAUCUAAUCCACCCAUAAGCCAAUAUGGCAUCACUUCCGUUUUCCACCUUUGCCUCCAACUCCCAACUAUCCUCACGGCCGAUAUUGAUCGGAAAGCCACCGCAUAUCUCCACAGCGAGCCCCCGGCUCAAGGUGUCGUGCAACGUCGAGAAUGGCUCCCAAGGAGGCAAAGUUGACCGAAGAAAUUUGCUACUUGGCAUGGGAGGUCUCUACGGCGCUACCAAUCUGGUCAAACCACCAGCUCUGGCGGCUCCAAUUUCAGCUCCCGAUUUGGCCAAGUGCUCUGGCGGCACUAACCUCAACACCCAACAGCCACUAGACGUCAACUGCUGCCCUCCCUUCUCGGAAAAAAUCAUCGACUACAAGCUGCCUCCCGUCACCAAACUGCGCCUCCGCCCCGCCGCCCAUCUCGUCACCAAGGAAUACAUCGCCAAAUACGAGAAGGCCACCGAGCUCAUGAAGGCUCUCCCCGACGACGACCCGCGCAGUUUCAUGCAACAAGCCAACGUCCACUGCGCUUACUGCAACCUCACCUACGACCAAACCGGCGAUCCAGACCAGAAGCUUCAAAUCCACAACUGCUGGCACUUCUACCCUUGGCAUAGAUGGUACCUCUAUUUCUACGAGAGGAUCUUAGGCAAGUUGAUCGACGACCCAACCUUCGCCCUCCCCUUCUGGAACUGGGACCACCCCGACGGCAUGGUAAUGCCGGCCAUGUUCGCCAAGGAAAACUCUUCACUCAACGACGCCAAGCGUAACCAAACCCAUCUCCCGCCUGCUCCCACGGAUCUCCUCUACUCCUCAAAAUCCAGCACCGAUCCCUCCAUCAUAGUCCCUACCAAUCUCACAGAAAUGUAUGGAGAGAUGGUCCGGAACGUGUCAAAUAUCGAAGACUUCUACGGUGCAAAAUAUGUGGUCGGGACCGCUCCGGAUCCUGGCCCCGGCACUGUCGAGCGGGGAUCCCACAUCGCCCUGCAUAUAUGGGUCGGGGAUCCCCGCUCGCCCGCCGGAGAGGACAUGGGGAACUUCUAUUCCACGGCUCGAGACCCCAUUUUCUUCUGUCACCACGCCAACGUGGACCGCUUGUGGUCCGUGUGGCGCGACCUCAGAGGCCCCAAGCCCAAGGACUUCAACGAACCCGAAUGGCUCAACGCAGACUUCGUAUUCUACGACGAGAAUGCUCAGCUGGUGCGCGUCAAGGUUAAGGAUACUCUCGAGGACGUGAAGAUGGGCUUCACCUACCAGAAAGUGGAGCUUCCAUGGCUGAACAAGAGGCCCAAGGCGCGUGUAAGGAAAUCCAAGAUCGCGACUACGGCUAAGGCGAUUAAGAGUAGUGCAUUCCCGGUAAAGCUUGACAAGGUGGUGAAAGUGUUGGUAGAUAGGCCUAAGACAAAGAGAAGCAAGAAGGAGAAGGAGAAAGAAGAGGAGUUGCUGGUGAUCGAAGGGAUCGAGGUGGAUACUGCUAAGUUUGUGAGGUUUGAGGUUUUUGUGAACGACGAGGAUGACGAAGCAGGAGACAUAAUCGACAAGGCGGAGUAUGCCGGAGGCUACUCUCAGGUGCCGCACAAGAACUCGACCAAGGUGAAGAGCAAAAUCAGGCUGGGAUUGACAGAGCUGCUUGAAGAUUUGGACGUGGAAGAUGAUGACAAGAUUUUGGUUUCGUUGGUACCCAGGGCUGGAGGAGAAGAUAUCACCAUUGGUGGAGUCAAGAUCAUCUACGUUUAAGUUUUUCGACUUCAACACUGCUUCAUCUACGUUAAUUUUAAGUUUUCCCCAUGUUUUGUUUGCCUUGUUUAUUUGUGGUUAGUUAAAAGUUUGGUUGGGUAUAUGUGUAUGGGCUGCUGCAGUUUUUUCCACCAAUAUCAAUAAAGGAUGUUUUUUGCUUA